UUUCCCAGUGUGUGUGUGUGGUAACAUGUCUUAUUAUUAGGAGAUAUCAUUUCGCAACAACUAACAGUUUUCCAAGGAACGACAAACUCACAACCGCAGGAAUGAGCACCGGAACCAUCGCGCGCGUUCACCCGUUUCCACCCGGAACUGUUAUUGUGUGCGACGCAUUAAGGCUGCGCUUCUGUCACUACGUGGGAAUUAUGAUCAGUCCCAAACUUUCAGACAGUCACCUAUUAUUGGAUAUUUGCAGCGUUUCGCAUACUUUAUAGAUGAUGAAUUUCUUCCGCAACCGUCUGGUGGUUUUGGGGCUGGUGCUGCUGGCCACGGUGCUGCUGUAUCUCCUGCUGCCGUCCAUGCGGCAGGGGAGCAUGGAGCCGUCUCUGGAGGUGCAGCAGCGGAUGGGGCUGAUCGCCGCCUCUCCUCCGCCGCCGCCGCCGCCGAACAGCGUCAACAUCACGGUCAGGACCGGACAGCUGCCCGGGGACCCGCCGCUCUUCUUCAGGGAGGCUCUGCCUGUGGACGGCGCUGGGCGACAGAUAGUGCCCAGGCUGCAGUUGGUGCUUCUUCAUGGUCAGGCCUUCACCUCUAAAACUUGGGAGGAGUUGGGCACCCUCAGCCUGCUGGCGUCAAAUGGGUACCAAGCCCUUGCUCUCGACCUGCCCGGUUUUGGGAAUUCUCCGGACUCGGAGUCGGUAAAGUCGGAUCAGAGCCGCGUAGACCUGCUAAAGCGUUUUCUGGAGUCCCUGGGAGUUCGAGCACCGGUGCUACUGAGCCCAUCUAUGAGCGGUCAUUACGCCCUUCCGUUCCUUCAGAAACACAGCGGCCAGCUGCACGGCUUCGUGCCCAUCGCCCCGGUGGGCACCCGCGGGAUCACCCCACAGCAGUACCGCGACAUCCAGACUCCCACACUGGUCGUAUAUGGAGAGCUAGACACCAAUCUGGGCGCCCAAUCCCAUAAGAACCUGAUUCAGCUGCCUCAUCACACUGUGGUGAAGUUAGCAGGAGCGCGACACGCCUGUUACAUGGACAAACCCCGCGAGUUCCACCGCGCUCUGCUCGACUUCCUCAGCAAACUCGAAUGAGGGGCGGAGAGAGCAAAAAAACAUGUAAAAAAAGACUUUCGAAGAGACUAAGAAAAGACAAGAAAAUGAAGAACAGGACUGCGGUAUAGCUGUAAAACCAGUCCUCAAAUGUAACACACACCUGAACGUUCUAUCAGCCAUCCACAUCUGCUCACUCCUUAUAAGUUCCUUGCGUGCUCCAUCGAGAGAUGGCAUAUUAUAACAAACUUCUGCAGAGUUACUAUUGUAGAUUGUAAACAUCCUUUUAUCAGUUUAUCAACUGCUGCAUGUAAUGGCCCGUCUGAAGGUUGUUACAUUUUCUAGCCUGAGGGUUGUUCUUUAAUGCUGUUCCCAGGAUUUCCAGUCUGAGGAAUGUUCCUGUUACAACAAAAUAGCCGUGGUUUCCAGUCAGAGGGUUAUCCGUAACAUUAUUGCCAUGGUUUCCCUUUCGAAAGUUGUUCUGUGACGCCGCUGUCAGGGAUGUUCCUGUACAUUUGCCAUUAUUUCUAGUCUGAGGGGUGUUCUGUUACGAUGUUGCCAUGGUUUCUGGUCUAAGAGUUAUUCCGUAAUGCUGUUGCCGUGGUAUUCUUUUAGAGAGUUGUUCUGUAACUCUUUUGCCAGGGAUGUUACUGUAACACAGUUGCCAUGAUUUCCAUUCUGAGGGUUGUACCGUAACGCAAUUGUCAUUUUUUUAUCUUUGGGUUGUUUCCUAAAAUGCUUUGUGAUGGAUUUCUUUGUGAGGAAUGCCACAGUUUCCAGUCAGAGAGUUACUCUGUAACACCGCUGCCAUGGUUUCCCAUCUCAAGCAGGUUCCUGUAAUUCAGUUGCCAUAGCUUUCUUUCUGUGGGAUGGACGUGUAACACAAUUGCCAUGGUUUUCAGACAGACAGAUGUAGCUGUAAUACAGUCACAGCCAUGGUUUCUUGUCUGACAGUUGCUUUCAAUAACAUAGUUGCCAUAGUUUUCAUUCUGACGAUUGUUCUUGUAACACAGGUGCCAUGUUUUUUGGUCUUUGGCUGUACGAAGCUUGUUUUUCUAAUACGAUUGUCAUGGUUUUGUGUAACAACAAGUGUCACAUAAUGCCAAAAAUCGGUGUCAUGACUGUCAUAACCCUUGUAUAUGCUUGACAUGCAGUCAUCCGUCCUACAAGAACAUCUCAGAGAACAAAACAUUUCGUAUUGGUUUGUCUUAUCAAGUCCAAUCAUGUCAUGGGGUGUUCACACCAGUAGAUGGCACAAACAUGCAUAACGUAGCAUGUCAAUUAGUGAUUGACUCAACACAUGAUUUUUAGAAGUACAAAAAUGGAGAGAAAGGUUGCAGUACUGGAUGCCUGUCAUGCCUGUAAUUAUUUUUUUGUUAUCAGUAGUUGCCAGACUUAUACUGGCAGUAGAUUAUUCCUUACAAUAAAUAGAACAUUUCCUGAGACUGCAGAGAAGAAAAGCGUUCAUUACGUUACACCUAAAUGUUUAGGUGCUCAUUACAUAUUUAUUAUUUAUUGCUUAAAAGUUAUACAUGACAGAAACUGUAAUGUGUGUGUGGUAUUUAUGUGCCGUGGUCUGUUGUUUUAUUUGUUUAUAGCUUGUAAAUAUGAAUAUGUUUUAGAGGACUGUGAGCCACCUCUGACCUGUAAAUAUUUUUAACAUCACAAAUCUUUAACCUGUCAUUGGGACUGAUUUCACAUUCCAGUGUGCAUGGUACUGAAGGGUCAUGAUACAUGCUUUGGUUUAUUGCAAAAUAAAGUUCAUUAACAUUGA